AUGGAACCUGCCAAUUAUACCAGAGUGACAGAGUUUGUUCUCACUGGCCUAUCCCAGACUCGAGAGGUACAACUAGUCUUAUUUGUUAUAUUUGUAGCCUUCUAUUUGUUCAUCCUUCCAGGGAAUAUCCUUAUCAUUUGCACUAUCAGGCUUGAUCCCCAGCUGUCCUCACCCAUGUAUUUCCUGUUGGCUAAUCUAGCCUUCCUUGAUAUUUGGUACUCCUCCAUCACAGCCCCUAAAAUGCUAGUAGACUUCUUUGUGGAGAGGAAGAUAAUUUCCUUUCGAGGAUGCAUUGCACAGCUCUUCUUCUUGCACUUUGUCGGAGCCUCGGAAAUGUUCCUGCUCACGGUGAUGGCCUUUGACCGCUAUGUGGCUAUCUGCCGCCCCCUCCACUAUGCUGCCAUCAUGAAUCGACGUCUCUGCUGUAUCCUGGUGGCUGUCUCCUGGCUGGGUGGCUUCAUCCAUUCUAUAAUCCAGGUGCUUCUCAUUGUUCGGCUUCCCUUCUGUGGGCCCAAUGAGUUAGACAGUUACUUCUGUGACAUCACACAGGUUGUCCGGAUUGCCUGUGCCAAUACCUUCCCGGAGGAGUUAGUGAUGAUCUUUAGCAGUGGUCUGAUCUCCGUGGUGUGCUUCAUUGCUCUGCUAAUGUCCUAUGCCUUCCUCCUGGCCAUGCUGAAGAGAAACUCAGGUGAGAGUACCACUCGGGCCAUGUCCACCUGCUAUUCCCACAUCACCAUUGUGGUGUUGAUGUUUGGGCCAUCCAUCUACAUUUAUGCACGCCCAUUUGACUCUUUUUCUCUAGAUAAGGUGGUGUCUGUGUUCCACACUGUGAUAUUCCCUUUACUUAAUCCUAUCAUCUACACAUUGAGAAACAAGGAAGUAAAGACAGCCAUGAGGAAGUUGGUCAGCAGAUAUCUUUUAUGUAAAGAGAAGUGA